GGAAGUCAUGGUACAAUUUAUUGAGUUGAAGGUCAGCCCUGCCAGUCCGUCAUUUAUCGAACAUCAUGGCGUCUCGAUUGGGAAACCUGCGACUGAUGCGCUCUUUCGCAUCGGCACACGGGGGCCAUGGUGGGCAACACGCAGGCAGCGCCCGUCUGUGGCAGAUCUUGACCCUCACCGUGGCGCUACCCGGCGUGGGCAUCUGCUGGCUGAGCGCUUAUGUCAUCAGCCCUGAGCAUCAUGUCCAGCCCGAGUUCAAACCGUGCUCCUGGUUACGUCUCCGAAAUAAGGCAUUCCCUUGGGGUGAUGGAAACCACACCUUGUUCCACAACCCACACCUUAAUCCCCUGCCGGACGGUUACGAGGAGUAGCAUUGACAGUGAGCUUUCACUGUUUCACGGAUGUCUUGUUUGCUAUACACUCCUCAUUAGCUGGGACAUUUUCUUCUCAGCUUUAUCAGAACAUCCGUAAAGAAAGUUUGAGAUGCCUAGUCUUAACUGAGUGCAUUGAGUUGGAAUUCUGUAUUUCUAUCAAUAAACCAGGUUUCAUCAUUUUUAUUUCAUGAUCACCACCUUCGA